CCCUGCGUAUUGCGUUAUAAUUGCGUUGAAUGACUUCUGCACAAUGUUGAUUGACUCAGCAUGGCAGAGGUGCAGUUCGACCGAGUCUAUUACUCGACAUGAAACGGCAUGCUUGCAAUGGGAAGCUCAAGGAUUCGCUUGUCGUUUAUCGUUGUGUCUGUCCUUGCUGCUAUUGAUCUCCCAGAUCUAAGCAUGCGUCGCAACUUGGAGCAAUGACUCAACAAAUUCCUAUCUAACGAACUUUCAAUAUCAAAGGACCGACGAAGAAUUCGCGCGCAAUUCCUAUGAUCUUCUUCCUCGGCCAAGCUGCUCCAUUAACACUGUGAUAGAACCAUGGUGUGGUGCUGCACAGAAAGCAAGGCUGCAGUACAGAUCUUGGCUCUCAUCUACUCUUCUUUCGCAUUCUUCGUCGGGGUCAUCUAUAUUGUGGCGGCUUGGCGUAUCUCGGUGGCCAUCGAACACUACAGACGUCCAUACGUUUGGGUGACUGGAGGAGUGGACGGCUUCAUGCAGUUUGUGGCCGCCGUCGUUCUCUACAUGUACAAGAACAACGUCGCAUCGGACAACCAAGAUGGACUCCUUCGAUGUUACACUUACUUGAUCUGUCAGAUGCUCGGAAACUUGCUCUACUCGACAGCCACGUUCCUUCGGUACAUGUUCAUCGAGUCGUCCACACUGGCGGAGAUGUAUCGAACGAUCACUUUCCCCGAUCCGGUCCCUCCAACGGCAAGGAUGACAUUGACCACCUUUUGGGCCGCUGUAGAAGGGACGUUCUUGAUGGGUUUCAGUUGUUACCACGAUCGCCUCAAGGAAAGGCAAGAGGCAAAGGAGAAGAAGAAAAAAGCUGAAGAGUCAACAUCGAGCUCGGAGGAAGCCCAAUCCCCUUACUACCCUCCCUCUAGUCCCGCGGGCCGAUCUACUGCGUUCUCUCCGGGUACCAGCAAGGUGGCCACCCCUUUCCACACCACUCAACUUGGCCGCGCUGUCCGGGUUCAUCGUUAGCGCCAUACUGUACUUCCAGUCACCUGUAUUUACAAAAUGUUUCUUCGUUGUCAAUCCGCAAACUGCACGUAGAAUAGAAAAGACGCAUUUAUUAUCGAAA